CCAGCUGCACUUUCCCCUCGUUCCUCUCCUCCCUUCCUCCCUCCCUAACCCUAUGCAAGGUGGUGGCGGCUGUACUUAGGCAUUGAAGAAGCUUCACAAAAAUCAAAAGAAAAAGGGCACAUCAUGGAUAGAAGGGGAGGGAAAGAAGCUCACGAGGAUGGUUUGUUGAAGGAUGGAAUCUUGGAGCAGUAUGGCCAAUUCCUUAUGGGCAGCCAGCAGGCACAACAUCCAGAUUACUCCAACCAGAGAGCCCUUUUGCAACAAAAUCUUCAAAAUGUUGAUGCUCCAGCUUCCAAGAAUUUGCUGACCACUGUUCAGGAUAUGGAUUUCCUUGAAGGUAUCAACUUAACUUACACGCAGUUGUUGAUGGCUGCCAGUCAAGAGGGUGGGAUUGGUGGAUCCCAGCAUUUUGGUCACAAAGAAAACCCUGGUGGAGGAAUUAAUCAUGAGAAUGACAUGUUCAUGCUGACCGAACGAUAUGGACGCUUGGAACAGGAUAACAACAUGUGUCAAACAACAAAAACAAAGCAAAUACAGAAAAUAGACGUUGGGGCGGAAGGUUUUCCUAGUUGGAUCUGGGACAACAACCGAACUGAAGAACACACAGGCAGUAGCUACCACUCUGGAUACAGACCACACAGCAGUGAUGACGAUGAAAUGGAUGACGAAUUAGACGAUGAUUUAACCAUUAAUGCUGAUGAAGCUGCUGGUGGUUUUAGGCUUGGAGAACAUUUUACAGAUGAUACAACUCCAGCUGGUUGUAGUCAUGGUCCUAGUUUGACCGACGACAUGAGUGCUGAUGGUGAUUCAGACAAUUCUCAACAAGCGUAUACGUUUGGAAAAAAACAGAAUGUACCUCAAUGUGAUGAUCAACAAGAUGAACGAGAUGGUGGUACUGGGCACAAGGAAAAUAUAGAACAGCUUUCACAAGAGGACAUUUUAAUGUUCCUAGAAAAUGAUAGUGUUGCCGCAGCUCAGACUUGCAGCCAAGAAGUGCGCAGCCACCAUGUCCCGCAUGUGGGCAUGCCCUUUGUUUCUCAUGAAGCUGCAUAUGCUUUCUAUAAUGAGUACGCAGCCAUCUGUGGUUUUGCAAUUAAAAAGGCAGGUACUUACCAUGCCAGUAACCCUGGUGGCAAGGCGGUAACACGUUACACUUUCAAAUGCAACCGCUCAGGGAAAGUUGUUAGUGAAGAUGUGCUGGAAGAAAGGAAAAAAAAGAGACAGCUCAAGAACCAAGAGAAAACAGGGGUUCCACCGCCUGAGAAGGUGAAAAGGAAAAGAAAAAACUUCAUUGAAAUAACUGGGUGUCAGGCUAAGAUGGUUGCAACACGAAAAGGAGAAGUUUGGCUUGUAACAUCUAUUGGUAUGGAACACAACCACACCCUAAGCCCUCCGGAUGAGUCCAAAUAUUUAAGAUCACACAAGCAUAUGACAGAACAAGAGAAGUUGUUCAUCAGAACAUUCAACUCAGUGCAGAUGCCCACUAGGAAGAUCAUGGCCAUUCUUUCUUAUCUACGUGGCGGCAAUGCGCCCUACACAAAGAAAUAUGUUAGCAAUGUUAGGACAACCAUAAACAGAGAAAAUGGCAAGAGCGAUAUGUUACAGGUGCUUGAGUACUUUAGGAACAAGCAGAAAGAAGAUCCAAAUUUCUACUAUGCUUUCAAAGUUGCCGACGAAGACAUCAACAAGGUCUUGUGCAUAUUCUGGGCAGAUGGCUACUCGAGAAAAAUGUAUGAGCUUUAUGGUGAUUGUUUGAGUUUUGACACAACAUACAAAACAAACCGUUACAAUCUGCCAUUUGCACCAUUUGUUGGCAUCAGUGGGCAUGGUCUCAAUUGCUUGUUCGCUUGUGCUAUUGUUAACAAUGAAACAGUUGACACAUUUGAGUGGCUGUUUAAAACAUUCCUAGACUGCAUGCAUCAAAAAACUCCUAUGACAGUAAUUACGGACCAAGAUGUUGCAAUGAAAAGUGCUAUUCCUACUGUUUUCAAGGGAAGUGUUCAUAGGUGCUGCCUCUUCCACAUAAUGAAAAAGGUUCAGGAGAGAUGUGUGCGAACUUUUUCAUUAAACCCAGAGUUGUAUCCUGAUUUCAGUGACAUCAUACAUAACUGCCUUACAGAGGCAGAAUUUGAGAUGUUGUGGCCCCAAAUGACACACAAAUAUGGAGUCGACAACCUCAAGUACUUCAGGUACAUGUGGAAGUACAGGAAGCUGUUUGUCCCAGUGUAUUUCAAGAAAUGCUUCUUCCCCUUUAUCCAUUCUACUGCUCGAAGUGAAGGCACAAAUGCUAUAUUUAAGGACAAUGUAGGAUCAACAUUCGGUGUGGUUAGCUUUCUGCGUGAGUACCAACGGAUAUUGGAAGCAAUGCAGGAGAAUGAGAAAGAGCAAGACUCACUUACAAGGAUAACAAAACCAACCUACUGGCUCUGCAGUGAACUAGAAUUGCAGGCUGCUAACAAGUACAAUAGAGCUAUAUUCUACAGAUUUCAGAAAGUUAUAAAGUUUGCAAACCAGUUGCAUGUGGAGGAAGUUGAGAAAAACAGUAGAUUUGAGGUGUACAAGACAAGAAUGCUUGCUGACAAAGAUUUCAGAAUCCGCAGAUAUGUUGUCAUUGUUGACAUCCACCAAGAGGACUUCACUUGCAUUUGUGCGAAGUUUGAAAAAGAUGGUCUUGUGUGGAGCCACAUUCUUAGAGUGUUAAUGCAUCUUAACUUGUCGGUGUUGCCCGAGAAAUACUACAUUCACAUAUGGAGACCAAAGGAAAAAAAAGACAUCAGAAAACUAAGGUAUGGAGUCCCUGAGGAACUAACAGCAGGUGACCAUCACCUUAGGUACAUGUUGUUGUCUAGCAGACUCAAUGAAUGGGCUUCUGAUGCUGCGUCGUCUAAUGAAAAAUACAUGUAUCUGGUUGCUGAAGGCGUUAAGAUAGAGGCAAAGCUAGAUGAGAUCACUUUGGCAGAGGAGCAACAAAAAAUGCAAGGCAAGCAGUCUGAACCAAGUUCACCUCCAUCUCCUGUUAUUAACAAAGAACACCCUGAUGGUUAUGGAGAGAACCUAAAAGAUCCAUAUGUUAUUAUUUCGAAAGGGCGUCCACAGGAACGUUACAAGACUUUUUUGGAGAAAUUACAUGCAAAACAACAGAUUGGGUGUGGCCACUGUGGUCAGCAUGACCAUGUUUUUGUUUCAUGCACAAACAAACACAUUCCAAAGUCUCAAUUUCACAAGAAGACUACAGUUGGCAAAAAAACAUCAGAUGUGACUCCUACUUCGCAUGAUACUUGUAUGAAAAAUCAAACAGAAGGUAGCAAAAGAAAAAACGAGAAACGGAGUUCACAAAAAGAUGCUACUAGUGCACCUAGUGCUGCAAGGGGGCUACCAACUAGUCGUGCAAGGGGGCUACCAGGUAGAAAGACACAAACAGGAGGAAAGCAAAAAAGUGUUGAUCAGCAAACAAGUCAAGAAGAUUUUGCUACUGCAUCUUGAAGAAGACAUAUCUUGCUCCAUCAAGUAUUGUAAAAAGACUAGAACCUAUGUCAUUGAUCUGAAAAAAUGUUGCUCCAUCAAAAAAAUUCUGUAGUGGAAACUAUGUAUUGCUGCAAAAAAAAUUGCAAUGCAAAU